CAGUCAGUUUAAAUUGAACUGUCUUCGAGUGUACACCUUUGCUUUGGUUAUUCUAUUGCAGCAUAAAGAAAACCUGUUGAUUUCUCAACUGUUUGUGAAAGAAAAAAUUUUUUGCCAAAAUCAAAAUGAAACAAAUCAUUGCACUAGUGCUCUUGGCGGCCUGUCUAUUGCCCAGCGGUGAUGCCAUCAAAUGCUAUCAAUGCAAAUCGCUAACGGAGGCAAAUUGCGCCAAGGACGUUAUCGAUGCUACCUUAAAUAUUCAAUCCGUCGAUUGCGAUCAGGUGGCAAAACCUAACACUAUGGAUCAGUUGUUGCCGGUUACUAAAUGCAACAAAGUUGUAACUAGCGACAAGGCUGGCAUUAUAGUGUCACGUGACUGCCACUUUGAAGUAGUGGGUCAGAAGCCUGAUGUUUGCACAGUGUCCCACAGUCGCGAAGUACAAAGUUGUCACAUUUGCAAGGGUGAUCUCUGCAAUGCUUCCUCAGCUGGUUUCGUGGCGAUCAGCUUGGCGGCGCUAAUUAGCUUGAUUGCUAUGCAAUUUUUAAUGUAAAUUAUGUUAUGUUGAAUAUUGUUAGAGGCAAUCAACUAUAACCUCUUGAAAGUAUAUUUGCAAAUUGUAUUAUAUUAAUUAUGUCAAAAUAUAAAAAAAUAACCAAUAUGUACAUACA